AUGCCGCAUAUCCAUGAUAUGAAUUCUACUGCCAAUGCGAGGCAUUUUCAUAUUCCAACUGGUGCAUCGAGCGGAAUGUGUAAAAACACUGUCAAUAAUGUAAGAGUCGUCCACGGGAUGCGGCGCCUUACGGCCAGUCUCAAAGCAGGGUGUCGAGGGAGCACGCGCAGUCGGACCAUUGGCUGUCUGUGCGAAAUGGCCUUUCUCAGGGCGCCCGCACAACAGGUCUCGAAUCAGACGGAUUUGCUGUUCGGCAUAUGGCACGCACUGAGCGCGUCGCCGAAACCUGUGAGUUUUAGUGAUAGGCAAUACGGGGAGCCGCCUGACAGUGUGUAG